AUGUAUUGGGGUGGAGUCAUGGCUGGCCAAAUUGGUCAAAGUAUCAUGGAGGAAGAUGUAUGGAGAAAAGGACCUUGGACUGCUGAAGAAGAUAGGUUGUUAAUUGAGUAUGUUAGGCUGCAUGGUGAAGGCAGAUGGAACUCUGUUGCUCGACUUACAGGAUUGAAAAGGAAUGGAAAGAGUUGCAGAUUGAGAUGGGUGAAUUAUCUUAGACCAGAUCUUAAAAGGGGUCAAAUAACACCACAAGAAGAGAACAUAAUUCUAGAGCUGCAUGCUAGGUGGGGAAACAGGUGGUCAACAAUUGCAAGAAGCUUACCAGGAAGAACAGACAAUGAGAUAAAGAAUUAUUGGAGGACUCAUUUCAAGAAAAAGGCAAAGAAUCCAUGGGAUGCAUCCGAAAAGGCGAAAAACCGAAUCAUGAGGAAACAAUUAUUUCAUCAGCAACAACAACUGUUAAAUCAGCAGCAGCAGCAACUUCAAUUCAACUUGGACAUGAAAGGUCUCAUGUCCAAGUUUGAAGAUAAUAAUAAUAAUAAUAACUAUAGAUUUCCUUAUAUAUCUCAAACUAGACAAGAAAUGUUCAACCACAUGUGUCCAAACACAACAGAAGAACAAGGAAACUUUAUGCUGAAUGGAAAUUAUUCUGUACCAGAUAAUUUGUGGGAUGGUCUGUGGAAUUUGGAUGAUGAUGUUCAUGGAAAUUUCAGUAACAAAACAGGUUUAUAUAAUUUAGUUGCUCCUUAUUGUUAG